UGUGAUUCUACGUCCUUCACUCUUCCCACCACCAUGUCCAAACUACCAGACAUCUUCACCGAUCCAGAGGACUCCCAACUCGUCGCCGACGCCAAGAAAGACAAACCAGAAGACCACGAGUUCACAUAUACCGAGCGCGACGUCAUUCUCUACAACCUUGGCGUCGGCGCGACCGCUAAAGACCUACAAUGGACGUACGAAAGCCACGACGAGUUUGCAGCGCUCCCAACGUUCGGAGUCAUUCCGCAAUUUGCAGCCAGUUCUGGUAUCUCACUAGGCUGGUUGCCGAACUUCAAUCCUGCUAAGCUUCUUCAUGGCGAACAGUAUUUGGCAAUCAGGAGCCCUAUACCUACAGAGGGUCAUUUUGUAAAUGAAACCAGGCUUUUGGAAGUCCUGGAUAAGGGCAAGGCCGCUUCGGUCACCACUAUAGUGUACACGAAAGAUGUAGCCACAGGCAACGUCAUCUUCGAAAAUCAAAUAACGGUAUUCAUUCGAGGCGCCGGUGGCUUUGGUGGCAAGCGUUCGGGUAAAGAUAGAGGUGCUGCCACAGCUGCAAACACACCCCCAAAGCGUCAACCUGAUGCUGUGAUCGAAGAGAAGACAAAUGCCUCGCAAGCUGCACUAUACAGACUAAGUGGGGACUAUAAUCCUUUACAUAUUGACCCCAGCUUCGCGGCAAUUGGCGGGUUCGAUCAGCCCAUUCUUCAUGGUUUAUGUUUCAUGGGGAUCGCAGGCAAGCAUGUCCUGCAAUCGUUUGGCGCCUACAAGGACAUCAAAGUUCGCUUUUCUGGUGUAGUAUUCCCUAGUGAGACGCUCAUUACUGAGAUGUGGAAAACAGGCAACAAGGUGAUCUUCUCCACCAAGACAAAGGAGCGGGGAACCACAGUGCUAGCCGCAGCAGCAGUGACACUUGUUAAUACCGAUACUCAGGCGAAGCUCUAAAGCUUCUUAACGUUCAUGUAUGCUGACACUGGAUCGACACUUUGAGAAGGAAGUCAAAAAUGAAUAACAUUGGCAUGUAUCAUAACUGAGCUAGAAGC